GCUCCUCUCGCACGCCGCCCUCCUCCGCCCACCUAGGCCUGUGGCGGACCGGCACCUGGCAACGGCGCCGCGUCCCCGCCCGCCGCCCGCCUGAGCCGACCCCGCAGCCUGCCGCGGCCUCGAGCGCUCGCUUGUUGAUGCGGUUCUGGAGGUGACGCGGCGCGGCUCCGCGGCGGCGGGGCGGUAGAGGCGGCUCGGCGGGACUUCGGGGAGGGGCUGGCGGGGCGAUCGGGACCCGAGCGCGGCUGGGUUUUCUGGGUGCUAGAUGACGCGGGAGCUGGACAUGCUGGAGCUGCGGCACCGGGGAGCUGGCCCCGGGGGAGCGGUGACGCCGCCACCCCGCGAGGGAGAGGCGGCCGGCGGCGACCACGAAACCGAGAGUACCAGCGACAAAGAAACAGAUAUUGAUGACCGAUACGGAGACCUGGACUCCAGAGGAGAUUCUGAUGUUGCAGAGAUUCCACCAUCCUUAGAUAGAACCCCCGAGAUUCUCAAGAAAGCACUGUCUGGAUUAUCUUCAAGAUGGAAAAACUGGUGGAUUCGUGGGAUUCUUACCUUGACUAUGAUUUCAUUGUUUUUCCUGAUCAUCUAUAUGGGGUCCUUUAUGCUGAUGCUUCUGGUUCUAGGCAUCCAAGUGAAAUGUUUCCAUGAAAUCAUCACCAUCGGGUACAGAGUCUAUCACUCCUACGAUCUUCCAUGGUUUAGGACACUAAGUUGGUACUUUUUACUAUGUGUGAACUACUUUUUCUAUGGAGAGACAGUGGCUGAUUAUUUUGCUACAUUUGUUCAAAGAGAAGAGCAACUUCAGUUCCUCAUUCGCUACCACAGGUUUAUAUCCUUUGCCCUCUAUCUGGCAGGUUUCUGCAUGUUUGUACUGAGCUUGGUGAAGAAGCAUUAUCGCCUGCAGUUUUAUAUGUUCGCAUGGACUCAUGUCACUUUACUGAUAAUCGUUACUCAGUCACAUCUUGUCAUCCAAAAUCUCUUUGAAGGCAUGAUAUGGUUCCUUGUUCCAAUAUCAAGUGUUAUCUGCAAUGACAUAACUGCUUACCUUUUUGGAUUUUUUUUUGGAAGAACUCCUUUAAUUAAGCUGUCUCCUAAGAAGACCUGGGAAGGAUUCAUUGGUGGUUUCUUCUCUACAGUCAUAUUUGGAUUCAUUGCUGCCUGUUUGUUGUCCAAAUACCAGUACUUUGUAUGCCCAGUAGAAUACCGAAGUGACAUCAAUUCUUUCGUGACGGAAUGUGAGCCCUCCGAGCUGUUCCAGCUUCAGAGCUACUCCCUCCCUCCAUUCCUAAAGGCAGUGUUGAGACGGGAAACAGUGAGCUUGUAUCCUUUCCAGAUACACAGCAUUGCUCUUUCAACAUUUGCAUCACUGAUUGGCCCAUUUGGAGGUUUCUUUGCCAGUGGAUUCAAAAGAGCUUUUAAAAUCAAGGAUUUUGCAAACACCAUUCCUGGACAUGGUGGGAUAGUAGACAGGUUUGAUUGUCAGUAUCUGAUGGCAACAUUCGUCCAUGUAUACAUCACAAGUUUUAUAAGGGGUCCUAAUCCCAGCAGAGUGCUCCAGCAGCUGCUGGUGCUUCAACCAGAACAGCAAUUAAACAUAUAUAAAACCUUGAAGACUCACCUCAUUGAGAAAGGAAUCCUCCAGCCCACAUUGAAGGUUUCAUAAUUUAACAGACAUGUAUUUUGAAGAGUCAAGCACUGUAGAUCGAGGCAGUCUGAAGGUUGUUCUUGGCAGGGGGAUCUCUUGCACAAAUACUCCCUUUUGCGCUUGGAGCUGUUCCUUCACUGUGUCUCCUGAGGCUCAGCAGGAGUCAGCUCUCCUGCCUUCCUCUUCUCAUAAGCUCAAGUAUUUUCUGAAGGGCAAGGUAGAUUAAAAAAAGAAAGAAAAAGAAUGCUUGUCCACUUUUUCUGUUUCUUUUUGUUUGUUUGUGGUACUAGGGAUCGCAUCCCAGGUCUUGAACAUGCUAGGUGGGUGACGCAUCACUUGGUUCCACCCCUCUGGACUGUCGCCUUUUCAGAAGAGUGAUCAUUUGCUAAGAGAAAACAUUCUGUUUUUAAGUAAUUUCAAAAUUCAGGAAUCCAGAGGCUGAAAUUUAUUGGUUAGUUAGAAAAGGCAGGUAUCAGAGUUCAUUUCUGAUAAAACUGGAAAAAAAAAAAAAAAAACCCAUAACCUCACAGCAACUUCCCUAGAGAAACAAACACGAAUUCUGCGUGAAGAACACGAAGCGUGGCUCCUCCACCAGCUCAUCUUUCCCAGAAUGGUGCCUAUGAGGAAGUGUAAAGAGAGCCUUAUGGUUUGGGUCCCUCUUGGUGGAGGCCUCUGCCUUUCUUGUUUCUGUGAACUGAUUUCACUAAGUCCUGAGAGUAGCAGUGGUGGUCAAGGCAGAUCAGGGAUGUCCACUGAGCAGCGGGCUGCCCCCGGAGGUGCUGCAUGUAUAACAUUUUCUGUGCCUGCCUCGGGCUCUCCAGCAGCCCUCUGAACACUCACCUGGAAAGAAGGAAGGUCUGCCGGGAGACCCAUUCCUAGGCCAACAUCCUGGUGGUAGCUAAUCUGUGUCUCGUUGUUGCUCUUCCCAUCAUGUCAUAAAAUCCAAAGACAAAAAUCAAGCAGAACUGAUAGCCACCAAGAAGAAAAAGCACCCAAAUGCUGAACCUUUCCUUGGGUGGAUCGGACACCAGCUACAUGAGAGUAAGUUUAUCAGGAGAUGUAAGCUCCUGUUGCUGUGUGUCCUCUACAGCCAUACUUAAUAUAACACAGUUGGUGAUAAACCUUCUGGUGUCACCUAGUGACCCCAAUGAAAUAUUCAGAGAGGAGAAAUAAAUACAUUGUAAAGAACGUUUUGUUAAUGAAGAGAGUAAAUAUUUUUGUUUAAAUUAGAAAUGAAUUUCAAGUAUUAUAUAUUCCUAUCUACUGUAGAUUUUCUUGGGUUCUGUGGAUGAGCCUACAGCUAUCACCUGGUCAUGGGUACUACACUUGCAUGUGUGUCUAGUGCACCUAGCAGACACCGUGGCCCUCAGCCCUGAGAGUGCUGUCCAUCUUUGGCCUGCACUGGGUGACUCACUGUCACUGAACAUGUUCAGUUGGCAUUAUUUCCUGCUGCUGCAUAAAAACCUAGAAGCUGGCUCUGAAGGUGCUGCUGCAGGAGGCAGCAAUUACUUUUUAGUCAGGCCACACACAACUUAAUUUCAACACCUAGUGCUUUUAUUUGUCCCACUAACAGCUCCACAUGUUGACCAUAAAAGAUUUUCAGGCACCAAAGUUUUAAAAAAUACAAUGCAAAUCUUGUGCUAGGAACUUGUGUUGAAAAUUGGCAG